AGGAAGCUGCUGGGUUCAAAGUUGAAGGGUUAAAUCCAAUAUGGCGGCUAACAAGCGGGUGUUGUAUGUGGGUGGUUUAGCAGAAGAGGUGGAUGAGAAGGUGCUCCAUGCUGCCUUUAUUCCCUUUGGAGACAUCAUCGACAUCCAGAUCCCGCUGGACUAUGAAACGGAGAAGCACAGAGGUUUUGCAUUCAUCGAAUUUGAGCUUGCAGAGGAUGCUGCAGCAGCUAUUGAUAACAUGAAUGAGUCUGAACUUUUUGGAAGGACUGUCCGCGUCAAUAUUGCCAAACCCAUGAGAAUCAAAGAAGGUUCUUCUCGACCAGUGUGGUCGGAUGAUGACUGGUUGAAAAAGUUUUCUGGGAAGACCGUUGAAGAAGCUGAGGCAGAGGCAGCAGCUGGAGAAACACCCCAAACUACAGCUCAGGAGGGUGAGCCUCCGGCUAAAAAGGGCAGAGUAAAUCCUCAGGUCUACAUGGACAUAAAGAUCGGCAACAAGCCAGCAGGGAGACUGCGCUUCCUGCUCCGGGCUGACAUUGUUCCCAUGACAGCAGAGAACUUCCGCUGCUUGUGCACUCACGAAAAGGGCUUCGGCUACAAGGGCAGCAGCUUCCACCGCAUCAUCCCUCAGUUUAUGUGCCAAGGAGGCGACUUCACCAACCACAACGGCACCGGCGGGAAGUCCAUCUAUGGCCGGAAGUUUGAUGAUGAAAACUUUGUCCUUAAACACACAGCUCCAGGGCAACUCUCCAUGGCGAACUCUGGGUCAAACACAAACGGCUCUCAGUUCUUCCUCACCACUGACAAAACGGACUGGUUGGAUGGCAAACAUGUGGUGUUUGGAGAGCUGGUGGAGGGGAUGGAUGUACUCAGGGCAAUGGAGGCUCAGGGAACCAAAGACGGAAAGCCGAAGCAGAAAGUGAUCAUCUCGGACUGUGGAGAGUAUGUGUGAAUAAAAAGCACUGUGUGUGUGUGUGUGUGUGCGUGUGUGUGUGUGUGUAAGCGGCACAUGUCUGAGAGCAAGAUGACCUUUUGCUGUUUUGUACUUUGAAACCAGAUCUUCUGCCAUGUAAAUAUUUCAAUAAACUCAUUUUAUAAUGAAA